AACAAACCUAAGGAAUAAUAUGUUAGAAACUCACACCUAGUUUGGUCUCUGCUCUAUUCCUUGUUCGCUCAAGAUCGAACGUAUCUCUUUGUCUAACGUCUACCUAAAGCCAUUGAAAAAAAGAUUAAUACCUUCAUCACCAUUUCACGAGACGGUGAUCUCAACAAUGCCGAAUUCAUAUCUGAAAGUUCGAAAGGAAACUCUAGCCAAAAUGUUCUGGAUAAUGGUUUUUCUUGCGCUAAUGGUUGGUGAGUAUGAAAAAGUAAAAUGGUAACCUUUAUGUAUGUAAACUUUUAAAAAAGUCGAUAUGUUAAGUAGCCUAUUGGUUCUAUGUUGUACUUUCAAUUUCGCUUGUUUUUCGACGGAGUCCUUUAAAGCUCUCUUAGACGCUCUUUAAAGGAAAAGUACGUUGUAGAAAAUUUUAAUCCUAAUGAAAGAACUUUUCCUUAGGAAUUCGAAAAUAAUUCCCGUUUUAUCCAGUUCGGAACGGAACCCACACAAAUGCAGUUGAAACAAACAAAUUCUAAUUCGCCAAACACUGAGACGUCAUUUGUAAUAAGACUGAUAUCCUAAGCUAACAAUGUUCGACAACAGGAGACUUCCUGCCGCUCUCCAUGUAACAUGAGGCUCUGUUUAUAUAUGUAUGAAACAAACUUGGAACAGGAGUCCUCCUAUAUUAAAUUUUCCCAGGGUAGGUUAUGUGGUAAUUCUCUUAAGUACUCUUACUUUCAAUUUUAUCUUGUUCACUUCCAUAUUUACUCCUAAUUUACAAAAGUAAAAGAGUGAGAUUUCCUUGGUCUAGUGACCUCCAUUAGGUAAACAAAGCAUACAAACUGUAGACGUCUAUUUACAAUUUAAUCAAAACUAUAACAAAUUUUUCGAACGUGAUUGGUUAUCACGAGCCCGAUUUGAGCACCAAUAGGACAGUCUACGCGUCAUGCUUGUAAUUGGACAGUGUAAUAGGACAGUUUACGCGUCAUGCCUGUGUAAGUGGACAGAUCGCGUCAUGUGCGCGCGCUAUUGUCUCGCAUUUCGCCGAGUAAACUGAAGGUUUUUUUUCUUUUUUUGUUUUUUUUUUUCUAAUAAAAAAACCUAUAUCCGAUGUCUAGUUUCUUUCCCAAAUUCUGUCAUAGCUUUGAUUAAUUGGUAACAGGACGUCGUGUCGUCCAAUUCUGUCUGUAAUCAUACUCGUAAUUUACGAAUCGGACUCCCGCUUCACGGUCGUCCGAUUUUGUUAAUCACUCGUAGGAUUACAGACCGAAUUGGACUCCACUCAGUCCUAUUACCAUUAUAAAUAAUGCGGUGAAGUUCAUCCUUGGGACAAAAGAUUACUACACCACUUUUAAUAAAAGGGCUGACAAUAAGCUGCCAUUUUUUUUUUCCCGGUUUGCAUUAGACUAACUUGCAAACAACUUUAGCGUUUUGUUUGGAUGAGGUUUGUGACAAAUGUUUAUUCUGUCGUUGCCUACUCAUUUGACCUAUAAUCUUCAAGUCUCUCAUUUCUCACUUGGUGGUUGCCAAAAAGGGCUAUCCUGAAAACUUUGGCUAGUAAACACGCAGGUUCAAAUGAUCGGGGCUCAGUAAUACACUAAAGCUUGGUCCCUGCUAUUUAAGUAAUAAUUCUCAUCACUCAAUUAGCAAUGUGAAAUAAAUCCGUCGCGGGCACUGCGCUUUUCUUUAGUAAAAACUAAAAAAUUGUCACUCCAGAAACAAAGAUUUUAUUUUAGAAGAAUUAAUUACCUCCGAUUCCAGAUCGAGUCAAUCGCCAAGUAAAUUCAUUUCUUGACAGCAUAAAUUCUUGUUUUCUGAUGACAUCUCAUGACAGUUGCCGAAAGAGCACCACUCGCAAUUUCCAAGUUGUGAGCGCGUAAAUAUUUCUCCUUUUAUCUUUUCCUGAGUUUCUUCGUCAACAGCGAUUGCUUCUUCUCCUGAAGCCGAGCUAUGUUGCGUCUCAAACAUGAAUGGGCGUAUUACACCGUCUUGAUUAAGAUCCAUGUCGAGAAUUGAGUCAUUAUCGCUCUCUUCGCCGCUGUUUUCUUAGUUUUUUAUCCUUCUUAGUCGAGGUUACAAUGCUUGAUCAUCGCUACGUCAUAACAAAGAUAGAGGAUUUAAAUUUUGAAAUCUCAAUUUUUUUAAUCGUGAUUCCUGGCAACAAAAACACAAAGCAUGUCAGUAAGUUUUGAUUUAGGCAAACUUUUUAUAGAACGUACUUCCCCUUUGCGGGGAGGGGAUUACAGGGGAUCCAAUUUUUCUUUUUUUUUACUUUUUCAUUUUUUUAAAGUUAAUUUGCCAAUUCAUAUCACUUUUGCACUUCUUAAAUAUAAUACAAAAAGAAACUUUAUGUUUUAUCAAAGUAUUUCCGUCAAGCACGGAUUAUUUGUUCUGUGCUUUAGCAAUAUACGUAUAGACGCGGACGAUGGCUUCUUGUGUUUAGUUACAGCUGUGUGAUGAUUUUCGUUGAUUUUCGCGCUGAAACCAAGGAUACCAAAGGGUAUGCUCAACGAUACUUGAAACAGGCUAUCGCAUGGAUAUGUAUUUCUGUGCUCUCUUUAGUGACUAUCGCAUCGUCUUUAUCGAUCAAGUAACUGAAAUGAAUAAUGGAAAUUGUGACAGUCACCAACGAAUGUUCUGCUCCCUAGUAAUAAUCUAACAGGAAAUUUAAGCUGAAAAAGAAAUGUUUGAGUCGUCAUUGAGAGUUAGGUACAGUCAAGUAUUUUCUCUCAAAUUUAAUCCAUGUUUGUUUUUCAGGUCAUAGUAACCAGUGCUCCAGGAAACACGCAGAAAUGAAAGUUUCGUGGAUAAAAGACAAUUGUUCGCGGGUUGAUGACAUAACUGGGGAGCCCUCGUUAAAAAUCAAAUGCCGCAGAGGGAAUUGUGCUGAGUGGUGCAAAGCCUUCGCUGGUUGUCUCCAGCAAUCCAUUGAGUGGCGGAAAAAAUGCGCACGGAAGUUUAAAAAACUAUUUAGGGGACAUCGCCGGACAAAGAUCAAGGUGAAUGCUAGAGGAAACCAGUCAUCAUAUAACAUUGACGUCAAAUUUUGUGGAUGGAAGGGUCGUUAUCAAGUUUACAAGUUAUCUGAUAGCGCAUCGCAAGAAUAUGGUAUGUAUAUGGUUCCUUUUGUUUUAAACAUGAGAUCAUUCCUCAUUAAGAAUUUCAUUAAUUUGUUUAUUCAUAAAUCCAUCCGGCCGUCCGAUCUCUCGAUCGCUCCUUCGCUCUUUCGAUCCCAGUCAGUCAUCUAUCAAUCUCGUGUUUUCCUUAAUCAUCAGUUUACUUUUUAAUUAAUUUAUUAUUAUUAUUUUUUAUUGCCCCCUCGUUUAUUCAAAUUACUAAACCAUUUUUCGGGAUUAUGAUGAGUGCUACUUAUACGUCCUUUCUACAUAGGUGAUCUGCAAGAAGGGGAAAACUUACGCAAAGAGGUACUCUAUUUAUGUUUUUGAAAAAACAUGUAUAUCGCUUUUAAUUUCUUGGGUAAGAAUUUAGUUCUCGCUUCUUGAUAUGCCUGCAUAGAUUAAGUCACUUUUCAUCGUGAAACUCCUUUAUGCAGAACUGUCUGCAUCCCCACAAUUGACAUGAAAAGGACGUUGCUGUGUUUAUAACACGGAGGCAGUGCGAAUGUCGAUGGGAUCUAUUUACAAAUAGAGAAGCCAUGAGUUUGCUCUUUUCUGUUGUAAGGCAUGCAGGAAGCAGUAAGGCACGAGAAGUGAUCUCCUAUCCCCUUCUCCCCCCCCCUCCUCCCUCCAAUAUACUUGCUACAAUAAGCCAAUCAGAAUCCUUGUCAGAAAGGUUCAAACAGUCUGAUUGGUUGGACAAGGUGUCAUAAAUGUCAAACCAUCAAAAUUCAUAAAAUAUCAAAGUUCUGCAAUAGAUCACAACCUGGAAUAAUUUGGGCGGCCGAUGUAAUUUCUGAUGCUUGCUUCACCGCGAUGACCGGAGACUGCCGUGACGAUCUAGCCGCGGUGGACCUCAGCAUGAUCGCUUUCGCUCUGGCACCGGCUUGAUUUGUAUGAAUUUUAACAGUUAUGCCAGUUUGGCUAUAUUUCUCACAAUUCCGUUUUGUUUUGUUUUAUUUUUCAACACGAAACUUAAACUAGAUGCGAACUUUUUUGAGGAUUUGCUCAGCUCUUUGAAGUUCGUUGCCCUUUUUAAAAUUAAACCAUUUUACUGUUUUUUUAGUACUUGCUCAGCUCUUUGAAGUCCGUCACUGAGUAUUAUUCCGAUGAGAUACGCAACAAAAGUGAAGAUAAGAAGGAAAAGAUAGAGGAAAUGUUUUUUGAAUUGACCACGUUGGAAACAUCCUUGCUGGAAACUGCACAACUCAAAUUCAAUCACACAAGAAGCGAAUUUAAUAUGAGCAGCAUUUAUGCAGGUAAGGCAUUUUUUUUUAAUAUAAUAAGUAUGUUGAACGUCACUGUCGUUCCGAUUGAAGGGCUGGCCAUGAAGAGAUGUCCAUUACAUGAAAUAGCCUCGCAAUAACAUUUAAGAACAACAUAAUUAUACUAAGCAUCAAUAAACUAGUUCUUACUGUUCUAUCUGUUUCGAUUAAAACCUAAUAAUUUUGUUUUCUCUUAAAAGGCUUAGGUAACCUUUUUCCCCUAUCGAGUCAAACUGAUCAUUUUUAUUGUUGAUAUUACUAAUUGUUAUUAUUGAUAUCAUUUUUACACCUUUCCGUUAGAUGUUCUGGUCAGGAAAACUUUCAACCAAAAUGAAAGCCACCACUUUCGUCUGGAAGAACCUAACGGGGAAAAUUUCCUGAGCAUUCCAUCGGGAAACUUGGACAAUGGUUAAAAAAGUUUAUUUAAAUAUUUCUUGUUCCAAUAUUAUUUACUUAUUGAUGCAUUUAGUUAUGUUUUCAUUUUAAUUUUGUUAGUCGAUAUGGCGAAAUUCAUGAAAUCGUUUCAUCUUUAUCGUUUUCUCAGGUUCAGUAGUACUCGGAAUGAUAUACAAAGACCUCCAUCAACUAUUCGUCACUAACCAGACAGAGAACAGUACUCUGAACAAUUCCAGGUCACCCGGCAAUUAUAACUAUACGUUUAUUUUCCAUCUUUGUAUGCAUAAACGACUGAUAAAUUUCCUUCACGCUAGAAACUGAAGGGUUUUUUACGUUAGACAAUUUAUAUCUAUUUCUCUUCUGUAUACUUGAAACGGUGCGUUUGAAGUUUAGUGAUUCUUACUUUCAUCGCUCUGAAAUAGGGAAGUCACCUCCAUUAUUAUGGCUGCCACAAUAACUCCUCCACCCAAGAAACUUCAGGAAAAUAUAACUUUGAAGUUCAAAAACAUUAAGGUAGCGAGACUUACGCUGUUCUUUCCUGCCGAUUUUGUUAUACCUUGUCAUUUCUGGUUUCUGUCUUUUUUUCUAUUCAACUCUUAUCAUGAGGCUAGCGUUGGGCUAAUUAAGUGGGAAUAAUGUAUGAUUCAUGCUUACCGGCGUCGUCUCAGAUUGAUGCGGACGCUUAUAUCUAAAUUAAGUCAAGUCGCGAAAAUUAUCCAGUUACCUAAAUUGUGUUGCCCUUUGUUCAAAGUUUUUUCACGUAAAGCUCUCCAUGCGUGAAGAGCAAAGUUUUGAGAACUAGUGAAUACAUGCAAGUUCUCACAGGAAUCAUCGUCUAACAAACGGAUUUUCACACUUUGAUAAGUUACAUUCAUAAAAAGAUAUGGGGUUCCGUUCGCAUGACUUGUGCACUAAAAUCUCACUUGAUCGAUAAAUUAUCUAUCUUACGUUUCAGUUCCAUUGGCUGGUCAGGAGAAGGGUGCUAUGUCAAAUCUAACGAUGCAUACCAAACAGAGUGCACCUGCAAUCAUUUGACUCAUUUUGCUGUUCUUCUGGACACAUCUUCUGGAACAGACACUGCCGAUAUAUCAGCGGUAAGUGUCACCACAACGCCUGCAACUUCCCUGUACGAUAGUAUUUGCUGGUACAUUCAAACAAAUACCUAUUGAUUUAACAUUUUAGUUGUUAAGGUAGAAUAAAACUUGGUUAAGUCGAUGUAUUAAGAUUUGUAAGUCUUUUAAAGUAUUGUUUUCAUUUAUAUUUUCACCCAUAAAGAAUGAUGAAAAGAACUUGGAAAUUCUCACAUACGUCGGGCUGACCCUCUCUGUAAUUGGGAUCUCAUUGACGAUAAUCAGCUAUGUUACUCUCACGUGAGUUAAGUAGUUAGAAAUUAGAAAUGUGUGUUAGUCAAAAAAGUGGACAAUUGAUCGCAAAAAUGUUUCCAAGUAUUCUGGGUUCUGUCAAAGGACAGACACGAGUGAUACUCAGACCGUACUAACCGUACUUUGCUCCUUGUUUCCUCAUUUCUUUGAGUUCCAUGAUGACGAGAAGACCUGGAGCCAUCUACUGUAUUCCUCGAAAAAAAAAAUAAUGAUACGAAAAAGAAAAAAAAAGGGGGAACCCGUAUCACUAACAAUAUCCUAGUCCUAACUUCUUAAAGAGAAAGAAAGAGUUAUAUUUAUAAAAUAAAGGGAAAAAACAAUCACCUACAUCGUAAAUAACGAAUGUCUCUUUUAUUUCUUUUUAAUGUUUUUUUUCUUUUCUUCUCUGGUCUAUUUUUUUUCUCGUUUUUCUUUGCGUGCCAGAGACAUGAGACGACCUUUAUCCCAGAUUCGAGUGAGUCUCGUCGCUUCUCUUGGAGCAGGACAAAUCAUGUUUCUUGCCGGGAUUAGAGCGACUGGGAACAAGGCAAGAAUUCCGUGGAAAUUGAAGUUUUUACAGUCCAAAACUGGGCAGUUUUAAAUAUUUCGGUUUUUUUUUCUUUUUUUUACAUUUUUACUUUUGUCGAAAAUUAGUUUUCUUGUAUUUCAGUUAAAAACGGGGUUUAUUAUGAGCUGUGCUUCCUCUAAAUCUUUCUUUUCGAUUGGUCAGUCUCCAAAAAGAGUCAGGACGACAGCAUUAUUAAUAUUUACGAAGCAAAUCAAUCAUGUGUCAUUGUAUAUAUCAUUCAGGCAGAUUGCAAAAAUCCGUUUUCGUUUUCUAUUUUCUCCAGGGAAGUUGCGUUACAGUGGCGGCCCUUAUGCAGUACUUUUUGAUGGCCGCCUUCAGCUGGAUGCUGGUCGAGGGAAUCUACCUCUACCUGUUUAUUGUAAAGGUCUACAACGUUGGCAACAAGUUAAGAAUGUGCCAUGGAAUUUCAUGGGGUAAGGUACUCUAUGGCUAUUAAAAUAUUUAAACACUUUUAUUACCAUCCUUUAAUGUUGAUCUAGUAACCUAUGUCCCAGAAGUCCAACUAAUUUUAGAAACAGUUCCUUCGAAUUCAAGAAUACGCGGCCAGGAACAUACUCUAUCACUUAUAUUGCGCAGUAUACAUUCCUAUAUAGCUCUGACUAGGGGUUUCAAAAGGUAAAUAUCUAAUGUGGAAAGGUAAAUUAUGCCCUUGACAGGUGAGAAUAAGUUUCAAAUCUGAUUUUUGUUUCAAUUCUGUAGGCCUUCCCGCGCUCGUCGUUGCCAUAUCCCUGAGUAUUGCAGCUGGAAAAGAUGGGAUCGGAAGUUUUUUGGCUAAUAAAUAGUUAGGAGAGUUUCAUUGUACUGAUCUAAUGUCAUCACACUCAAGUUUCCAGGAACUGAUGUAACACAAGUAUUUUAGAAAACGAACAACGAACUUGUUACAGCUGAAAAAAAUGCACGUAUAAAUAAAAAAAUGAUCCUUUUUCGUUUUUUUUAUGUACCGGCUUAUUGUUAUUGUGUUUUAAGAUGGAAGACAAAAGUUCUGAGCCUUAAGAUCGGUUUUGAAUCGGAUUGUUUAGGCUGUAAUUAUGGAUUCCAUCAGUCUAUAUUCUGUAGAAAAGGCAUUCGAUGUGUGGAAAGUCCAUAUUGGUAUUUCAAGUAAUCAUUUACAAUCACAUCAUCUAUUUAUAGCUUAACCUGUUUUUGUUUUGUUUUGUGUUUUCAUUAAAGCUGCUGGAUGUCUUCUGCCAAUGGUCUGAUCUGGAUAUUUAUAGUAUUUGUCGUGCUGAUUGAAUUUGUAAGUGAAAAUAACCAGGAUUAUCAUUAUCGAAACUAAGAAAAACUUUCAUGGGGUUCACAUGGGUCUAUUUUCUUUUUUAAGUUUAACAUUCUGAUCCUCGGGCGGGUUAUCAAGGAGAUGGUGACUAUGCAACAAGAGAAGGACAAACGUAGCGAACAAAUAAGGUAUGGUCUUCUCCAUAGAAGGAAAUCCGGCUUCCGGAAUGUUCCUUCUCUAGAAAACAACAAUCUGGAAUCCAACCUUUUUAAAAAUCUACCGAGGAAGAGUCCGAAGUCCAAAAAGGAACAAUGAGAAACCAUCUUGAUAGAAUUUCGACCUAAUAGAGCUUUUUCAUCAACAAUCACAUCAUCAAAAGUCCCUUAUUUUGCUCUUUUUUUUGUUAUUGUUGUUGUUUUUAUUUGUUUUGUUUUAUCCAGACUUGGUGUGAAGGCAUGCAUAGUUAUGAUUCCUCUGCUGGGAAUCUCGUGGUUAUUUGGGUUAUUGGCACCCUUACACAAAGCUUUCGCCUAUAUCUUCACGAUCCUCAACUCUUCACAAGUGAGAUGUAGAUAAAUGUCUGUGGAGAUCAAAAGACGUUAUAUUCUGUCAGAUGCACAGUCCCGGGAACCUUGGGAUGGUGUUAUGUUGAACCCAUUACUCUGCCAACUCAGUGGAUUAAAAACUGUGUAAAUCUGGUGAAAAUCAUAAUCAAAUCAUCAUCGUCAUGAUUUAAAAAAAAACUUCUCACAUCCCAUUAAUUCAACAGGGUUUCGUGAUCUUUCUUCUUCACUGCGUGAGGAACAGCGAGGUCAGUGAUUUAUCCCUUAAAAUUGCAUCACAAGGUCUGGUCUUACAUCGGUUUUUGAAAUUACAGUGGAGACCAGGUAGUUUUAUUUAAUUUCAAUGUCAUUUCAAAGAAAUUAAGCCCUAGUUCAAAGGGCUCGUGCAUAGAAACAGACUAACUGAAAAGCAAAAGCAACAGGACAAACGGAAGAACUAUAGGACCAAAAUUAUCAUUGUACUCACAUGUUCUCUAGGGUAUGGAGCUCCACAAGUGCGCAGGAGCUCCGCUGUUAAACAAAUUUUCGUGGCUGAGGAUGAGGGUGGGGGAAGAAAGAAGAAAGGACAUGGAUUCCAGAUCAAGAGUCAGAAUAUAAAUUUAAUGCUGAUUAUAUUUCCUAGAGAGAGAAAAUAAAAAGAAAUUAUACGACAUUUUUUACAUUUUAUGUCGAUACACGUGCAGAUUAACUCCAGGUGGCUGAAUGACGUCUAAUUUAGUUGUGACUUGUGAGAAUUGGCUGUUGUUGAAAGCCUGUACAUCAUAAAGUCGAGGAAAAAAGAGUACGACUUACAAACUCCUUGAAUGCAAAAAUGUGGCUAAUUUAACUUGCAAUUUACAGGCAAGAGCUCGUUUGAGAAGAAGGAUUCAGGCCAUCUUUCCAGAAAUGGAUGUUGGAACUAGCACUAAACGAACAUCCGUAAUGCCCUCAGAAGUAAAUGAGGAUUCCACAGCCAUUGCUGCGCCGAGAAAAAUAAAGGUUCACCCACUGAGUGACGGCGAAAAAACUAAAAGAGUCUCGAACAAAACCUCUAUGUAGUUGCCGAUAUGUUACAUUGUACAUAACAACUAUAACUUCGUAGUGCGGUAUAUACAAGCAAGGUAUUGUAAGUAAGGAAUCCGUCAGCUAAUUAUUCAAUAUAAUAUCAGAAUAGAACUCUGACAUAAAGGCCACGAAAAAAAAAAAAAAACCAAAACAAAACAAAACGAUAGUCAGGGAAGUAAGUAAGUCGCUCUCUCUAGUGACGAGAGUCCUAAUUUGUUUCAAGUUUUUUCAGCUGCUAAUACUAAACCUUAAGUUGGUUUGUCAGUGCAUUGUCUGUGAUUUGAGACCAGAGCCCGGUUUCUAUACAAGAAACUAUUGAACGUUGAGGUUUUGAUCUGCUAUUUGUAGAUGCAUAUGCAUUUUGAAUUAAUUUCUGCUAACUCAUGAUUACCAAACGUAAAGCAUUUCAUGUUCUUAGAAAGUUAAUUUAAUUGAUGAAUCCAUGGUAUGACAUUUGCAUCUGCUUUUAAAAAGAUGGAAACGGCCAACAUUUAAAGCUUGUAAUUAAAGCUCUCCGUGGAGAUUGAGACCA